UCUCCUGAUUGGACGCCAUCACCUGUGACAGAAUCCGAACUCAGCUCCUGAUUGGUCCAACCUCGCACACGUGGUUCCUGUCUGAGGGUGUGUGUAAGAGACAGAAAGAAACACACACAUGGAGGAGGAGAGAGUUUAGGAAGGGAGGCAGAUAUUAUGGUGCACCGGAGAGAGAGGGACUAACGGGGAGCUAUGCCAGGGAGGCUUUUAGGAUAAUAAAAAUAUAUUUUUUAAUGCUGUUCUUCUAAUUAAUUGGAUACCUGAAGGAGGUGGUGCAACAAGUGGAGUUUUUUUCUCUCCCAGCUAUGGAAGAAGAGCAGAAGGACUCCACCAACGAGGAGGAGAGCAUGAACCUCCCAUCUCCUCCUGUGAUUUUACCCCACCAAGCUUUACAGCAGCAGAACCACAGAACCACCAACUUCUUCAUAGACAACAUCCUGCGACCUGACUUCGGCUGCAGAAAGGAGAACCUGCUGGGUGCGCGUCUGCAAGCUGCGUGUCUGGACUCCAACUGCAGCAGCGACAGCACCUCUUCAUCACCUUCUUCGUCCUCCUCUUCUUCAUCUUCCUCCACGUCCUCCUCGCCGUCGAACAAGCAGAACUCGUCCAAACAGGCUGAACCGAGCUCGUCUAUUAGGGUUGUGAGUGGCAGGAAUGAUGGAGGAUCUCCUCCUCCCAGGACCAAGGAGAGCCAGCCCAUGUUGUGGCCAGCUUGGGUUUACUGUACCAGAUACUCGGACCGGCCCUCAUCUGUCUCCACGCCAGGCCCAAGGACACGCAAACUGAAAAAGAAGAAGAGCAGCACCAAGGAGGACAAGCGGCCGAGGACUGCCUUCACGGCCGAGCAGCUGCAGAGACUGAAAACCGAGUUCACGGCCAACCGGUACAUAACGGAGCAGCGGAGACAGAGUCUGGCUCAGGAACUGAACCUGAACGAGUCCCAGAUCAAAAUCUGGUUCCAGAACAAGAGGGCUAAGAUUAAAAAAGCCACCGGCUACAAGAACGGCCUGGCCCUGCAGCUCAUGGCGCAAGGACUGUACAACCACUCCACGACCACCGUGCAGGAGGACAAGGAGGACAGUGAAUAGGACAAGUCCCCAAUGCAUGGGGGACAAGGAGGACAGUGAAUAAGACAUGUCCCCAAUGCAUGGGGGACAAGGAGGACAGUAAAUAAGACAUGUCCCCAAUGCAUGGAGGACAAGGAGGACAGUGAAUGAGACAUGUCCCCAAUGCAUGGGGGACACAACUGGACUCUCUCUGGAGAUAAAAAAAUGAACACUAUUUAAAAAAAACACAGAUUUCUGUUUAUGGUGACAGUAUAUGGACAUAAUUAUAUAAAUGAACGGUCGUUAUUAAAGUUUAUAUAGCCAAACAGUUAUCAUGUUGUAUACAGUAUAUUUAAUUUCACCUCUCAUCCGGGUCUUUUCCUGUCUGUUUUCUGUCUAAUUGGCUCUAUAGGGUUUUUUGUGGUCCCCCCCCCCUUCAUACUUUACAUGCGACACAUUUUUCCUUCAACACAUCCGACUCAAAACAAGCCAAAGAUUUUAAUAUGUUCACAUGUAGACUGAAAUAAAGAAGAGAACGGUAGAUAUA